AUGGUCGAAGCCUUUCUUGGCCAGAAAGUUACCAAGCCAGCAUCUGUUGGUUCCGACAGCCUUCAGGGAACAUGCGCCCCGCCUAAGGAUGCCAGAGUCGGUGCUGCCAACCCGUACUCACUCGUGGAAGCCCUCCUCGGCCGAAAUAUUGACAAGUUUUCGAUAAACUUGGCAAAGAUCAUAUCCAACGUCCUGCAGACGGAUUACGAUGAACUCUUCGACAUGAAGCAUUGCUCCGUGCUAUUCGUCGGGCUAAAGCUCAACGAGAAGGAGAGGAAGGCAGAGGAGUUGUCUGAGAAAGACAUGAGAUUUUUAAAUGAGCGGGACCUCAUGACUCCUGAUCUGUCAAGGGUUCAGCAGCUGGACGACCUUGAGAAGAUCGGGCUGAAGGAUCUGGGUAAGACGCGGGUUAAGGUGGCUCGCAUGCAGAAUGGCAAGCUGCACUUGAUGCUCCACGCUCACUCCCUGGGAAAGACGGUUUCCAACCGUGAGGUGAUAAUGCCCAUCAACGAGCUAGUCAGUCCAUUCAGGUUGCAAAAUGGUCACUGGACACCACCUAAUAGCUCGUGGCGCGAUAUCUAUUUCAUAAAGAACCGUGAUUAA